UAUAUGUACCUUAAUAAACUAACCCAUUCAUUGUAACGUAUUACGGUAUUUGACUGAAUCAAACAAAACAAAGCUGUCAAGUGAAUAAGAUUUCCGUAAAACAUUUUCAAUAUUUUUCUAUAAAAUGAAUUAAGUCAUAAUUUGUGCUCAUACUUUCGAUCGUUGCGAGUUAAAAGCAAUCAAAAUGGAUACAAUAAACUGUAGUUUAUUGUUAAUAUCGGUGUGCGCAUUAUUGUGGGGUGUGGCCGGCCAGUACGAGUGGCAAAUACGUGAUGCAUUCGACGAAGUACGGGGGAAAAUGGACAAGAUUAAUGCCGAAAACUGUUAUAUCAGCCAUCUUGAUGACUUAUACUUACCCGAAGAUUCGGUUUCGCACCAUCCAGACGUGAAAGACAUCAACGUAAACCCGGUGUUUCCGAACCGAACCGCGAUGCUACACCUACACAAUAUGGCUAUGAACAGGGCGUUCUUCUGGAGUUAUAUCCUUCAGUCGAGGUUUAUACGGCCAGCGAUUAACGAUACCUACGAUCCAGGCAUGAUGUAUUACUUCUUGUCGUCCGUUGCUGACGUUUCCGCCAAUCCGUACAUAAACGCUAGUUCUAUAUAUUUCUCACCGAAUAUGUCGUACACAUCUUCAUACAGAGGUUUCUUCAACAAGACAUUACCUAGGUUCGCACCGAGAGCAUUCAGAGCUGAUGAUUUCAACGAUCCCGUCCAUUUACAAAAGAUAUCUACGUUGAAUACUUUUUAUGUGGAAGAUUUGGGUGCUUUUGAUCCUAGUAGCUUGUCUAAAGAUUACACAUCAGAGUUUUACCGCACUAAUGAGUGGUACAAGCUUUGGUUGCCAGACAGGGUGGAGAGACGACAUGACACUAAGACUACCUAUCAAGUUACAAUUAGAUAUGCAAAUAACACCAAUGAGACAUUUACGUUCCACGGACCUCCUGGUAAUGAUGAGUCUCCUGGACCAGUGAACUGGACUCGACCCUAUUAUGACUGUGGAAGGCUUGGUAAAUGGCUUGUGGCAGCUGUAUCCCCUGUGGCUGACAUAUUCCCUCGGCAUACGCAGUUCAGACACAUUGAGUAUCCCACGUACACAGCUGCAGUGGUCAUGGAAAUGGAUUAUGACAGAAUAGAUAUAAAUCAGUGUCCACUGAGUGACGGGAAUGUUCCACCCAACAGAUUUGCAUCUACAGCCAGAUGUAAAGAGACUACAGAAUGCGAGCCGCUCCACGGCUGGGGGUUCCGCCGCGGCGGGUACCAGUGCCGCUGCAGCCCCGGCUACCGGCUGCCGAACAUCGUGCGCCGCCCCUACCUCGGCGAGAUCAUCGAGCGCGCCACCGCCGACCAGUACUAUAACAACUUCGACUGUAAGAAGAUUGGAUGGAUCCAGCGCCUCCCCGUGAAGUGGGAGCGCGCGCACCCGUUCCUGCGCGCCAUCUACCGCGACCGCUACUACGAGUACGUGAACGCGACGGCCGGCCCCGACGCGCUGCACACCGAGCGGGUCAACGUCUACGAGGUGCUCAACUUCAUACGCGGGGUGCAGCCGAGUAACUGUUCCAAGUAUAAUCCGACCGAUCUAUUCCUGAACGGAGACAUUGCUUUCGGCGCCGAGGAACAGUUUGAGAACCAAGCUAAGAUGGCUGUGCGUCUUGCCAACUUCAUCAGUGCAUUCUUACAGGUUUCGGAUCCUCAAGAAGUGUUCAGCGGUAAUCGUGUUGCGGACAAGCCCCUGACAGAGGAUCAAAUGAUUGGGGAGACUUUGGCCAUCAUACUGGGAGACUCUAAGAUCUGGUCGGCAGGUACAUAUUGGGACAGAAACAAGUUUACAAACCGGACGUUCUUCGCUCCCUUCGCUUACAAGACCGAACUUAAUACUAGGAAGUUCAAAGUGGAAGAUUUAGCUCGACUCAAUAAUACAGAUGAAAUAUACACAAGUAAACCAUGGUUCCAAUUUCUGAAACAACGUUGGUUGACGAAUUUCGACGCUCUGGAGCGAUUCAAUCUCGAGAUGAAGUUGCGUGAUGACGAAAUGGGUAAAUAUUUGAAGAAGAACGAGAAAUACCCGACGUUCUACCGCGCGGCGAACUUAAAGCACGGCCAUUGGACACAGCCGUACUACGAUUGCAAUGGACAUCUCAAACAAUGGGUCAUUACAUACGUCUCGCCUUUCUUCGGAUGGGAUAACGUCAAAGUCAAGUUGGAGUUCAAGGGCGUGGUCGCAGUCACGAUGUCCCUAAUGUCGUUGGACAUCAACCAAUGUCCAGACAAGUACUACGUGCCGAACGCCUUCAAAGGCACUGACAAAUGUGACAGGAGGUCUUCUUACUGCGUACCGAUCCUGGGAAGAGGUUUCGAAGCGGGCGGGUACAAGUGCGAAUGUCUCCAAGGGUACGAGUACCCGUUCGAAGACCCCAUCACGUACUACGACGGGCAGAUCGUCGAAGCAGAGUUCCAAAACAUAAUAGCGGACAAACAGACACGCAUAGACAUGUUUAAAUGCAGGUUGGCGGGCGCCGCGGCACUACAGAGCAGUUUCCUUGUACUAAUGUGCCUUCUAAUGGUUAUAUUUAAGCUCAGGUAAGAGGUUUCGAAUUUCAUUGUUAUAUUGUUAUACAGGUUGAUGUGAAAAAUUGUGAGCAUUAUUUGAAUCGGGUAUGUAGUUAUGUUUUAUUUUCAUUAUAAGACAAUUAGUCUUACCUCUUUGUAGUCGAGAAGGUUUAAGAAGUAUAUAACAGGACUCUAUACUUAUGUAGUAAACACAGCAGACGACCAUUAGACGGGGCGUCGGAGAAACCUAUAAAUUUGCAUUGAAACAGAGUAGUAAGGAAACGGUCUAGAUUUUUUUUAUGCAUAUUAUUCACUAAAAAGAUUAAAGCAUAAAAAAACCUGUUUUAAAUAUUGUAUUUUUUUUUCAUCAGCUGUAUAAUAUGUAACGAAAUAUAUCAAGUAAGACAUAUCUCUACUUAAACAUGUGACUGACAAUGAUAUUAUUUCCAUUUUUGUACUUUAAUAAUUAGGAACUUCAUUAUUACAUUAAAAUGUAAGAUUACAAGAGACCAUAUUGUAGAUAAUUUUGAAGUAGACUUAAACAGUGUAAAAUGUUGAAUGCAUUUUUUAUUAUUUUUGUUAGAGCUAUAUUACCCAAAAUAUUAUUGUAAAAUUGUAACUAACGGGGUAAGUACAUGCAAUAAAAAAUGUCUGAUAUGGCUUUGCCGAAGCGAGCGAUAAUUCCUGUCGAUCGCUGUCAUUUUACAGUAUUUUUAUUUCAAAAGAUUUAAAAAGAAACUUGAAAAUAGGCUUAAAGCUAACGUAGUGUGGUAGUAAUCGGCACGUUUCUUAACCACGCUAGAUUUUAGAAUUACGGCCGUUUUCAAUAAACUAUCCCUAUCAUAAUCUUUGAUCUGAUCUAGAAAUUUAACCAACCAUUCUUAACCUUCUUUUUUGUGAGCAUGUCAAAAUUACUUUGCUUUGAUUGGUCAAUAUUUGCGAUCGAUCGAAAAAUAAGAUUCGGAUUAUUUAUUGGAAACGGCGGUAAACUUGCCUUAACAGAACUUCUAACAAAAGUCCACUGGUAAUUUGUAAAACUAUAUUCGCAAAACUGCAGUUUUGUUUUCUCAGUUAUUAGUUUGAGGUAUCAUGCCUCUAAAGUACCUAUGCGUAAAGAAUUUUAGAUGUAGCUAUAUUAUACGAUUCUCGACUGUGCUAAGCGUUCAAGUUUGACGCUACUCAGAAACAAAGAUUUUAUACAAAUCACAUGUAAAUAUCUUAAAUCUCAGAACCAUUCUGUAAUAUGUUAGCAGCUAUAUAUAUUUUUCCUUUAUUCUGUAAGAUACCUAUAAAGGUGUCAACCCAUCGAUAUAGAUGUAAAGAUGCUUCCGUCCAUCUUCAGACUGGUAUUAUAAGUUUUAAGAUUUUCUUUACAUAAUUUUUUGGAAGAUAUGUACAAGACAGGUGUUUUUGAAAAAUAUGUUGACCAAAUGCAUCAGUGCGCAACAGUUUGUGGUUGAAAACAAGAUUUAUGAUAUAUAUUAUAGUGUAUAGUCUUUUGCAUUAAUUUAAAAUACAUUUUAAAGAAAUAAUUACACAUGAAUUUCAGAAUGUUAUUUUUAAAUCUCCUUUGACUAUGUAUGUUUUGGUCCAAUGCUCCGUUUGAGCUUGUAUUAUUAUAUUCAAAAGUCGUACAAAAUGUUUCCUUCAUUUAAUCAACUUAAAAUAUGUGUAUUUCUCAUUAUUUUAUUAUCUACUUAAAUAAAAUGUGUGAUUUUAUACAACUUAUGAUGUUAGACUAAGUUAGCAUAUAUUAUUUGAAAUAGUGAUCAGUAUCAUUAAUUUACAAGACAAACAAAACAUCAAGUGUUAGUGUGUAGCCUUAAAAAUAUAAGAGCUAAAUAUUCAAAGGAUGAAAUUCCGGCUUAGAAUUGUCAAGAGAUAGCCGACUAACCGCCAUUUUCAAAAAACGAUCCCAAUCCUUUUUUUGAUCUACCUCAUAAAUGGACUAAUCAGAACAAAGUUUUUUUGACAUGCUUAGAAAUGAGUUGUUUUGAUUGGUUCAAUUUAGUAAUUGAAAUAAAUCAUCGAUAUAUAUGUACUAUGUACUAGAUCUGACUUUCUGUACACUCAUUUUGUUCGACUUAACUGUACUGAAAUCCGUACACCUGACUAGUAUGAUUGCAACAUUGACGGCGUGUGGUUAUGUACGGAGUGGCGCUCAUAAUAUAAGAACUCGAGUCUAAGUGUAAACCUGUGAAUAAAAAAUAUUAGUGGAAUGAGUAAAAUUAUUUGUUGUUCAGUGGAUAAUAGGUUUAAUAACUGAUAUUUUGGUUGCCAUUUUGAACAAAUAGUUUAUAUGGACAUCCGUGUCUAUAGAAUAUACGUCAAUGGAUUGAAGACUGAGAUUGGAACUGUUUAUUGAAACUGGUUGUAAAAAAAUAACUAAACAUGUUUUGUUAUUAGGUAGGAUUUUAAUUAUGCUUAUGUAACACAAAAGAAAAGGUUGCGAAUCUCACAUUAAGGUUAUAUGUAUUCAAAGAUUUAAUUUACUGUACUUUUAUAUAAAAUUUAUGCUACUUUUUAAUAUUUAAAAUGUGAUUGAAAAGUGAAAACUUUUGCAUUUGUUUUGAGUACUAAAGUAGUAAUAGUUUUUACAGUGAAUCUCUUAAAAGUUGUUUUUUUUUUUGAUAUCCUUGUUAUUUUUAUACCCAUUAAGCAUUCCAGUUUAUUACACAAACUUCUUUCAAGAAAGUGCAAUUUCAUGAACCUAAAAUACCUAUAUUUUGGUUUGAAAUAAAAAGCAAAUAUAUAUCAUACUAUGUAUUUUUCAUAUAAGUUUUUUUUUUUAUAAAUGUAAGAUAUAUUUUUGUUUACACCAUUAUUUCAUUCCUUGAAACUGUUUAUUGUAUGUUUGUCGAUAUUUUGUAAUAGAAACACUUUCAUAUAUUUUUUUUAAACAUCCAUUUUUAAGUACAUCCAAGAAGUUUCAAUUUUAUUAAUUGUUUAAUUUAAAAUUAUCAAGCAUAAAUAUUUUAUUCUUUGUAUCUAAAAUUGAUCCCAUAUUUUAUACAAUAGUUAAAAUCUAAGUAACUAAAAAAGCAAUCUCAUAUCUUUAUAAAGUAUAGGAAAUCCUUUGAUUUCGCUUCGGUCAGUGUGACUGUCAUGUUUUUAAGUUGUUUUGUUACCUCGUAUUUCAAUCUUGUACUGUUUGAACCGUCCCAGUAGUGUCUUAAUAUACUUUUAUAAUUAUAAGUUGUUUUAUUAUCGUUGUUGUGAAUACAGCUCUUCUGAUAUACUGUAAAAGAAUGAGGUGUUUUAGAAUAACUCAAAUAUAUUGACUGUAGUAUAGAAGAAUAAUGGAUUAAAUUUUUAUACUGCA